CCCGUUCACCAGUCAUGAUGGCGGAACUGUAGCGCUCGAGACCAGCAGGAGUGCACCGCCCGUCCUCGUUUGGCGACUGUAAAUAGUUAUUUAUUUAUCCAGCUUCACGUCUCCCCCCCCCCCGACAUGACCCGCUGGAUUCCGACUAAGAAAGAGAAGUAUGGAGUCGCAAUCUACAACUACGAGCCAAGUGGGGAGCAGGAGCUGUGUCUCCAAGUGGGGGACACGGUGCACAUACUUGAGAAAUUGGAAGGCUGGUACCGUGGCUACAGGCUGCGCAAGAAAUCCCAGAAGGGCAUUUUUCCAUCUUCCUACAUCCACUUAAAGCAGGCUACGGUCGAGGGAACGGGCCAACAGGAAAUAAUUAUUCCUGCGGACUUGCCCCUGGUGCAGGAGCUCGGUGCUACUCUGAGGGAAUGGGCACAGAUAUGGCAGACGCUGUAUGUGGCGAACAAGGCAAUCCUGUUCAGAGGUGUUCAGCAGAUGUCCUACAGCCUCAUCGAAUAUCGAUCUCAGAUAGUGUCGGGAACGCUGCCCAAAGAUGACCUUGUGGAACUAAAAAAGAAAGUCACAGCAAAGAUUGAUUACGGAAACCGGAUUCUGGGAUUGGACCUGGUGGUGCGAGAUGAAGCAGGAAACACGCUGGAUCCCGACAAGACCAGUACGGUCAGCCUGUUCCGGGCGCACGAGACCGCUUCACGCAGUGUCGACGACAGGAUACAAGAAGAGAAGACGCGCCUACAAAACCUGGAAAUGCGGCGUCAGACCCUGUUCAGUACGGUGCACACGUACAGUCUACUCAUGAACCUGAAGAACUUUGUAUGCAACAUCGGAGAAGACGCUGAGCUCCUCAUGUCUCUGUAUGACCCCGACCAGUCGGAAUUCAUCAGUGAGAACUUCCUGGUGCGCUGGGACAGUACGGGGAUGCCUAAAGAAAUUGAAAAACUAAACAACCUGCCAGCUCUAUUCACGGACCUGAGCAGCAGUGACUUGAUGCGACAGCGGGUCUUCCUGGUGUGUCAGAUCAUCAGAGUCGGCAGCAUGGAACUCAAAGAGGGCAAGAAACACACUGGAGGACUGAGAAGACCCUUCGGUGUGGCUGUGAUGGACAUUACAGAUAUCGCCCAUGGCAAAACAGACGAUGAGGACAAACAGCAUUUCAUCCCCUUUCAGCAGAUAGCCAUGGAAACCUACAUCCGUCAGCGGCAGCUCAUCAUGUCUCCGCUCAUCCCGUCUCGAGUCAUAGGGGAGAACGAGCCACUCACGGCUGUCUUCAACAAAGUCAUCACGACGCGGGAGGUCAAUCACAAAGGCCAGGGGCUGUUUGUGACCCUGAAGCUCCUCGCAGGGGACCUUGCCCAAGUCAGGAAGGACUACCCCCACUUAGUUGACCGCAGCACUGCUAUCGUCAGGAAAAUGGGCUUUCCGGAAAUCAUCCUCCCAGGAAUCGUGAGGAAUGAUAUUUACGUAACAUUGCUCCAGGGAGAGUUUGACCGCGGUAAAAAGAAGACCCCGAAAAAUGUGGAGGUCAUACUGAGUGUGCACGAUGAUGAAGGCAAUCCCAUGGAGAAAGUGAUAUUUCCUGGGGCCGGUUAUGAUGGCAUCACAGAGUACAAGUCUGUGAUUUACUACCAGGUGAAGCAGCCGUGUUGGAAUGAAACGGUGAAGGUGACGAUCCCCAUCGAAGACGUCUGCCGCUGUCACCUGAGGGUGUUGUUCCGACACAGAUCCUCCCAGGACUCUCGGGACAAAUCAGAGAAGCCCUUCGGGAUGGCCUUCGACCGGCUCAUGAGAAGAGACGGGACCACGCUAAAAGAUGGCAGGCAUGAACUUAUCGUCUAUAAGGUUGAUGUGAAAAAGACAGAGGAUGCGAAGGUUUACCUCACCUUGCCAGCAACCUGGGCCGAGGUGGAGGAAAAGGAGAAGCAGACGGGGAAGCCGUUCCACCAUUCAGGAGUGAUUCCUGUGACUAAAGACACCUUCCAGAUUGCCACACUCACCUGCUCCACUAAACUCACCCAGAACGUGGAUUUACUCGGGCUGUUGAACUGGCGGUCUAACCCUGAAGACCUGGGCCAGAUUCUGCAGAGGCUGAUGGAAGUCGAGGGAGCGGAGAUUGUCAAAUUUCUCCAAGACACUCUGGAUGCCUUGUUCAACAUCAUGAUGGAGACCUCAGAAAAGGACACCUAUGAUUCUCUGGUGUUUGAUGCCUUGGUUUUCAUAAUCACACUUAUUGGAGAUAUAAAAUUCCAGCACUUCAAUCCGGUCCUGGAAACUUACAUCAACAAGCACUUCAGUGCCACUUUGGCCUACAUGAAGCUGACGAAGGUGCUUAACCACUACGUGGGCCACGCCGAGGAGCCUGCUCUGGCCGAGAGGCUCUAUGCAGCCCUCAAAGCUCUUAAGUACCUGUUCAGGUUUAUUGUGAAGUCCCGGGUCCUCUACCUCAGAUUCUACGGGAACAGCGAGGAUGGGGACGCUUUCUUCAACUCCAUUCGCACACUUUUCCUGUCUUUCAACACUCUAAUGGACAGACCGCUGGACGAGGGAGUGAAGAUAAAGGGAGCAAUAUUGAAAUACCUCCCCAGCAUCAUCAAUGACAUCCAGACUGUGUUUGAUCCCGUGGAGCUCAGCGUUCUACUCGCAAAGUUCAUCGAGAGCAUUCCUGACUUGCAGCUUGUGCGUCAGAAGCUGGGCUGCAUGUGUAAAAUGGUGGAGAGUGACCUUUUCAGGCAGCCAGAUUGUCGAGAUGGGCUUCUCCCACUUGUCACUGACCAGUUGAGCGGGCAGCUGGACGACCGCUCCAGUAAACCAGACCACGAGGCCUGUGCCCAGCUGCUCAGCACAGUGUUGGACAACUUGGAUCGCAAGGACGUGGGUCCAACCAGAGGGCACGUUCAGCUGAUCAUGGAGCGGCUGCUCCGCAGGGUCAAUCGCACCGUCAUCAGCAUGGACAGAUCCUCCCCUCUCAUCGGCCACUAUCUCGCCUGCAUGACGGCCAUCCUGAAGCAGAUGGAUGACAUGCAUUACGCCCACUACAUCAGCACCUUCAAGACGAGACAGGAUAUCAUUGACUUCCUCAUGGAGACAUUCCUCAUGUUUAAGGACCUCAUGGGAGACGUUUUCCCCGCUGACUGGAUGAUCAUGAACCUUGUGCAGAUGAAGGUCUUCCUGAGGGCCAUCGAACAAUACUCGGACGUCCUCAACAUGUAUUUUUUGGACCAGGCACAUUUUGAACUGGAGCUUUGGAAUAACUACUUUCAUUUGACGGUAGCGUUCCUCACCCACAAGACACUGCAGCUGGGAUCCUUCUCUCAAGAGAAACGAAAUAAGAUACUGAACAAAUAUGGAGACAUGAGGAAGACUAUUGGGUUUAAGAUCAGAGAUAUGUGGUACAAUCUCGGCCCUCACAAAAUGAAGUUCAUCCCAGCGAUGGUCGGGCCAAUUCUGGAGGUCACUCUGGUGCCGGAGCCAGAACUGAGGAAAGCCACCAUCCCCAUCUUCUUUGAUAUGAUGCAGUGUGAGCACCACGUCAGCCCCGGACGCACGUUUGAAACGUUUGAGAACGAACUGAUAACCAAAUUGGACCAGGAGGUGGAAGGAGGCCGAGGGGAUGAGCAGUACAAAGUCUUGCUGGAGAAAACGCUGCUGGAACACUGCAGACGGCACAGGUACCUGUCACAGUCCGGAGAGGAGCUGGCUCUGCUGCUCAGCAGCCUGCUGGAGAAUCUGCUGGCGUACCGCACCAUCACACAUGACGAAAGCCCCGAGUACCGCAUGAGCUGCACCGUCAACGUGCUGAAUUUCUACAAAGAAAAAAAGAGGGAAGACAUUUACAUCCGGUACCUGUACAAGCUGCGAGAUUUGCACCUGGACUGUGAGAACUACACGGAGGCGUCCUACACUCUGCUACUCCAUGCUGAAUUACUGGAGUGGUCCGACAAACCCUGCGCACCUCAUCUGAUACCCGGAGACGGGAAGCAUGUGUGGACCCAACAGGAGCUGAAGGAGAGGCUCAUCCAGGAGAUCAUAUGUUAUCUGGACAAGGGCAAGAUGUGGGAGAAGGCCAUUGAGCUGGGCAAGCAGUUGGCCAAGAUGCAUGAGUGUCACAUGUUUGACUUCAUGGAGCUAAGCCAGCUGCUGAAAAAGCAAGCCCAGUUCUAUGAAAAUAUAAUGCAUACAAUGCGGCCACAGCCAGAGUACUUUGCUGUGGGAUAUUAUGGCCUUGGAUUCCCUUCUUUCCUCAGGAACAAGAUGUUCAUCUACCGAGGCAAAGAGUACGAGUGGCUCGAAGACUUCAGCUUAAAGCUGCUCUCUCAGUUCCCCAACGCAGUGAGGAUGACCAGCACAGCGCCCCCUGGAGAUGACAUCAGCAACUCCUCCGGGCAAUACAUCCAGUGCUUUACUGUCAAGCCCGUUCUCACCGUGCCGCUCCAGUUUAAAGACAAGGGGGUUCCAGAACAGAUAUUAAACUAUUACAGAACCAAUGAAGUGGAUCAGUUCAAGUAUUCCAGGCCCUUCAGGAAAGGGAAAAAGGAUCCAGACAAUGAAUUUGCUACCAUGUGGAUCGAGAGAACGACGUACAUUACAGCCUAUCGCUUCCCAGGGAUUCUGAAAUGGUUUGAAAUCAAAUCUGUCUCAGUGGAGGAGAUCAGUCCUUUGGCGAACGCCAUAGAGACCAUGGAGAUGGCCAAUGAGAAGCUGAGUAACCUCGUGCAACAGCAAGCAUGCGAUCUCUCGUUAUCCAUCAACCCGCUGUCCAUGAUGCUCAGCGGCAUCGUCGACCCUGCUGUCAUGGGCGGCUUCUCCAACUAUGAGAAGGCAUUCUUCACAGAGACCUACAUCCAAGAGCACCCAGAGGAUAACGAACGCAUUGACGUCCUUAAACAGCUCAUCGCCCUGCAGAUCCCUCUCUUGGCAGAUGGGAUUCGCAUCCACGGGGAGAAGACGACCGAGCAGCUGAAGCCCUUGCACAACCGCCUGGUUACUUGCUUUCGAGACCUUCGGGAGAAAGUGGAGAAGCAUUACGGCGUCAUAACCUUGCCCUGCUCUCUCACGGAGAGGAAGAAGAGUCGCGUGGGCUCCGCAGUGAUGCCCUACAUCCUGUCCUCCACCCUGCGUCGCAUGUCUACUAUCUCGACCCUCUCCAACGCCUCCUCGGGUCUCUCCAGCGGCUCCGCAUCCUCAGACGGACCCUCCUGCAUCUCCUCCCAAGACUCCUUAUUGUCCCGCCCCGGCGAUCGGAGGGCCUCCGUUUUGUCCCGCUCGGAGGAAGACAACAGGAUUGGUAGAAAGAACCGGAAGGAAUGGAGCGUCAGCAAAUCCCAGGUCCUACUGGAGAGGCAGUCAGAUGCAGACGAGACUCCUUCAGAGAAGCAACAGAGACCCAAGAGUUUACAACUGGGGGACCGGCGGCUUACCCUCUCCCUGUUCCAUGGUGGUUCGUCCCAGCUCAGCUCGUCGAACCCUCUCAGCCCGCUGCCGGACUCUCCACACGCACCUCGCACACCCCGCAGCUCCAGUUAUUCCUCGCUUCUCAGUGACAACGGCGUCGAUACCACAGACACCCCAGGGACCCCCCCACCCAUGCCUCCGAAGAAACACCCGCACGAGAUUGACAACCCAGGGUUCUUGACAGAGUUUACUCCUCCACUACCGAUGAAAAUUGAGAGCAAGCCUCCUCCUCCGCCUCCGAAAACUCGGAAGUCGAUGCUCCCCACAUAUGAUCACACCCCCCACUAAGUGUACAGCUUCAAAGGUCUGCUUAUUUUCUGAUGUUGCUGUGAUGAGAAGUGCAGCUUCAUACUCGGCAUUCUGAAAAAGCCACAGAUGCAGGAUCAUCCAUGUGGGAUGUAUGCAAGAUUUGCAGGGAAGAAGAAAUCUUUCUGAGGCAAGUCGCUAAUUCUUCCAAGUCCUAGUCCUUUUGUUCUCAAGUUUUAGCUGUUUAGUUUUUAAGCCACAAGGAAGAUUAUUUUGUAUGAGGCAUUAUUAUCGUAAGACGCUACUGCUGUGCUACUGCUUUCUUUUUUUUCUUUUUUCCAAAAGUCAGUAUGUUGUACAGACUUAUCACUCGCAGGGAAAACAAAUGACCAAUGCUGCAAUCUAAUAUUUAGCCUUAAUGAAUUUAGCUUCUAUGAGCUGAAGGAACACUGGAUGACUUAUUUUUACCCCAAUGUGUUCCAUAUAUUUUAAUAAGACGAAGCUGUUAGAUACAUUUCAAACUUUAUCAAAUGCAGGGAACACAAUGUACAGAAUCUAACUUUUAGUUGAAAUGUAACAUUAUUUUGUGUGUAACAUUAUGAUCAAAUCAAUUUUCCCAAACCACAAUGUUUUAGAGACACUGGAUGGCAUUAAUGAAUGUGUUGAAGAUUUUUUUCUUUUCUUUUUUAUUAUGAGCUGAACACUGUAACUGAUCCUCCCAAGCUGCAUCACGUUGAUGUUGGUGUUCAGUGGAAGUCAAUUUUCCCUUACAGGAAUAGUUUUAGACGUUUUGGGAAAUACACUCCGUUGCCGAGAGAAGAUGGAUAGCACUCUCACAUCUGUAUUGUAAAUUGGUAGCUGGAGUCAACAGUCGCUUAGUUUAGCAUAGCCUAGCAUAGCAUAUCGACUGGAAACACUAGUUUAUUGAACAUGCAAUAUCUUGUUCAUUGCAAUACGUUGCAAGUCUUUACGCUAAACAAAGCGCUAAACCAGCUAUUUAUUUAUUGUCCAAACAUGAGUGUUAUUGAUCUUUUCAUCUUAUUCCCAGCAAAAAGAAAAAAAAGUGCUUCACAACAUUUCAAACAGGUCUAAACGCUGUAUGGUACAAGCAUAUAUGCCUCUGACGUUCACUACGUUUGUAUUUCAGGUCUUGAUCUACAUAUUUUCUUUCUGAUCAAUUCAUUAUUGCAGUGUAAAUUAUUGAUAUUCAUUCAUUUCUUAAAAGCUUUUGAUGCAGCAUAAAGUAUCAUUUCAACAUGCUUUACUCUGCCCUGCUUACAUUUGUAUAGAAAGACACAAUAUGUGCCUUCAGAGGGCUAAAACCUGAAAAAUGAAAUUUUUUUAGUAUUUUAUUUUUUAGAUCAGAAAUGGUUUCACAAGGGACUCACAUUGUACGGUACAUAUUUCUUGACAACAAGCACACAUUUCAUACAAACAAUGCCUCAAGAGAUAAGGAUCUUUUUUAUGAACAAGCUGUUGUUGAACAAAAAUAAAUAAUUAUCAAAAGACCAGCAAUUCCUGGGGAUAUUGAUUGUUUUAGAAAGGCAUCUUCUCCAUUUCAACAAAGUGCAUACAGAUUGCUCUCUUGGCGCUCACAGACACAUUCAUUUGGACACUGGUGAAACCAGGAAACGGUGAUUUAUGCAUUUUCAUACACAACCAUAUAUGUAGGAGAUUGAAGCCUCUAUAGCUCAUGUUGAACUAGGAGAUAAAAAGGCAUCAUCUGGGGGAGGCUGUGUGCAUGAUGUGUUUAUAGCCGUUCAGUGAUGGGUGCUGGUUUUGCUAAUCUGGAUUUCUGAUGGCCUGUCCAAGUUUGAAGGAUGGGAUAUCACUCUCCUUGCAAGUCUCAGGAGCAACCAGCAUUUGAAGUGAUGUUCACACAUGCACGGAGAGCAGUGUUCCAACUGCCAGGUUUGACUCGAUCUCCAUGGAAACAAAUGCCAUGCUGAAGACAAGUUUACAGCUUGAUGUUGCACAGAAUUCAAGGGUGUAAACAUUAUUUUUCUUCUCAUGUUAAUUGCGGGUGUCUUUCCAGCUUCAAACUGAGUUGAAAAUUAAUAAAUCAUUUUCUAAUUUUG